AUGAGCGGACCUGAGGCGGCUAAGGUGCCAAAUCAGAUACUUGACGUGUUGAGGCAACACCGAGAAUUAUUUCCCCACAGCCUGCCCGACGGCUUGCCGCCCAGGAGGCCUUACGACCACCGCAUCCUCCUCGCGCCCGGAAAACUCCCUACGCGCGCACCAAUUUAUAAAAUGCCUCCUGAUCAGAUAAAACAUCACAACCAGGAGAUCGCUCGUUUAACAGCUAAGGGGUGGAUCGGGCCUACCUAUUCUCCUAUAUGCGCACCCACCAUCAUGGUCGACAAAAAGGAGGAUGGCAGCGGAGAACGCAAAAUGCGCAUGGUCAUCAACUAUCAGGCCCUCAACGCGUUGACGAUUGAGCCGGAAUUCCCCAUGCCUAGCGUCCAGUCGGUCCUUGAGAUGCUAGGUGGGGCCACUGUCUUCUCCACGAUGGAUUUAGAGGCGGGUUUCCACCAAAUCCGCAUGGCCCGCACGGACAGAUGGAAAACAGCUUUUCGCUCGGUGCAAGGACUUUACGAGUAUAAGGUUAUGCCGCUCGGCCUGAAGGGCGCGCCGGCCACCUUCCAAGCCAAUAUCAAUGCGUACUUGCAACCACUCUUGGGCAGUGGGGUGAUAGCUUAUCUCGACGACGUUUUGAUCUAUAGCGCUACAUUAGAGUCGCACACAAAACUUCUCGAACAGGUUCGGACAGCGGGAGUUAACAUACCUGGGCUGUCGAAUAAGCGCGGAUGGCAUCAAGCCCGCAGCGGACAAGGUUGA